AUGAAGUAUAUUUUCCUGUUUGUCAAUCCUACUUCGGGGGGGAAUAGAGCAUCUAUGUUCAUCGACUUUGGAGUCAACGAUAUAGUAUUCCACAAGCCGCACAAGUGUCAUUUCUCCAUUUACAACAUCUUGGAGGGCGAGCCGGGGAAAAAGCCCGGCUUUCUGCACCUCAGUUCUGUGACGAACAGUCCACGUCAGGAUGAAAUUAAAAGUGAGUCCGUGACCCCCAAUUCGAGGGGUCUUGUUAGCAAAAGUACCCUCUCCGUGGAGGGGAAAAGCGGCUCGCCGAACCGCAACCCGAGUCAUAACUCCAGUGAGAACGGAACAAAUGAGCCAAGUAACAGCACAGGAAGUGGUGGGAAGACCAAAGGAGAAGAUCACCACCUCAGUGGCACAAAAAAGGGAAAGAACUCGCAAAAAACAGGUAGUGAUGACAGUGAGGGAACAGCUGGGGAGGAUGAAAACAUAUUUGCCUACGUCCUAGUGGCAGGAGGAGAUGGAACGCUAAAUUGGUUUCUAAAAGAAGCAGAACAGUAUGACAUUAAGGACGAUAAAAUUGCCGUAGGAGUAAUUCCAUUCGGAACGGGCAACGAUUUUGCCAAAGCGUUUGGGUGGAAAAAAAUGGAUGGCUUUUUUAAUUACACCUAUUUAUUUGAUAUUUUAAAAAAAAUAGUAGAUCAAACGUUUAAAUCCAAAAUUGACAAGCAUGAUUAUUGGAACGUACAUGUGGUGUUGAAGGAAAAUGGGUAUUUUAAUAAAAUCAGCUCGAGCACGAAAAAGAAGGAAACGUUAACUGAGAAUGAACAGAAUGUCAAGGUUCUGAAAAUGUGCAUGAGCAAUUACUUCAGUAUAGGCAUAGAUUCAAGGAUAGGCAGAGGGUUUGAAAGGCACAGACAGAAGAGUGCUUUUGUUAAUAAGCUCAUUUACGUCGUUGAGGGAUUUAAAAAAAUUAUUUUCAAAAAAAACAUUCCUGUUAAUUUAAUUAUUGACAAAAUGGUUACUGGCAAAAAUUACGAUGACGUUAUUUUUACCACUAAUCGUAAUGACAGCACAGCUCUUCCCGCCCCUCUACUGAAAAAAGCAAUGAGCAUCAUAUGCGUGAACAUUCCUUCGUACUCCUCUGGAAAUGACAUAUGGAAUUAUACGCAUAAAAUUGGGUUAAAGUUACCAAAGGAUUUGCCUUCGGAGGAAAAAACCGUCUAUCGAGAUUUAAAAAAAUCGAAACAGGAGGUGGGGGAUGGUGUCCUGGAGUUUGUCAUUUAUCAGUCAGGGGUAGACCUAGGGUUGGAAUUCACCCUCAGGGGUAGGGCCUUUAGGGUGCACCAGGGAGUUGGCCCGUGGAAAAUACUUUUUAAAGAACAAGUGUGUAAUGUUUACUUUCAGGUGGAUGGGGAGUACUACCUCAUGUCAUAUCCCGACAGCCUCUCCAUCGAGCAUUACAAGAAGAUCAACGUGUUGAAGAAUAUGGGGCAUGCUAAAAAGAUGCAAAUAACCAUGUGGGCGAACAGGAUCAAAUUGACUGUAGGGUAUUACAGAAAAGGGGUCACGUUAAACAGAAUCAUGUAUGCAAUAAGAAGCAUACACAGUGAAGUGGAGAAGUUUGAAAAAAUGUCUAGAAACCUCAUCCAGUGUAUUGAAAAGUAUAAAAAGGAGAAACAAAUUUGCAUAUCAUCUUACAAAAAUUACAAACAGGAAAUCAAAGAAUGUGCACGUAGUUUAUUUACGGAUGACAUUUUGGCUAGCUUAAAAAAAAAAGAUUUUAAAAUUCUUCUUACAUACAGCAUUUUGCUGUCAAGAAGAGUUCCCCUGAAGAGGGAGGCUUUAAAAAUGGUGGUGCUGUCCUAUGUGCAGCUACUCAACACAGAGCAGAAAAAGGAAGGAAGGAGCCAAGUUACAAAUCAACAUAAUGACGUAGACACGUCGCUGCUCCUAACACUUAAGUACCUCCUCCACCUCAAUGUAGAUCACGACAAAGUUAUUUAUAAUUACAUUUAUUCCGAGUUAAAUAAUCUUAUAGACGAAUACACCCUGGAGGAACUCGUCGAAACGGUCAAGUUGAUCUCAUCCUUUAAGGAUAAAAAGUGGAUUAAUCAAAAGGUAUUUUCCAGAUGCAUAAACGAGAUUGUUAAAAGGAGUAACCAAAUGGAGGAGGACACGUCGAAUUAUUUAGUCACUAUUAUUAAAUCUUGUUCCCGCCUCAACUGCGAAAUUGCAGACAUCCACAUGCUUCUAGAAAGGCUCAGAGAUAAUUAUCAAAAGAAGGAGAAGAAAAAUUUGCACACAGUAAUUAAAGUCCUAUACAACCUAUUUCUUUGUAACUAUCAGAGCUACAAAAAUGUGAAUCAGCUAAUUGAGUUCGUAAAAUCUGAACUUAUGGGCAUUAGGAAGGAGGAGGAAUACCCCACAUAUAAAAAAUACACCUACAAUAAUAAUGUCGUGCUGGACACGAACCACGACUUGGAUGGACAGGCCAGUGGGAACAACUCCUCCAAUGCUGCCAUCUGCAAUGACAACAUUAGGAACAUCCACCAGAUUUAUUUCAACACGAAGGAAAAUUCGCAGAUGUAUGCGGCCCCAUCGGCGCCAAUCGCCUCAGUCAGUUUGUACCGCCUCAAAUUCGUUGACCUCAUCAUCCGAUCGGACAACUUCCUAUACAACACCGUCUACAGUCCCAAUUCGCACUUUUUCGAUUUUGUCAAGCAGCUGCGGGUUGAAGGCAAGGACCCACGGGAGACCAUUUUUACAAAGCAGGCCACGUUCUUUGUGAAGGAGAGCGGGUUCAAACUAGCCAGGAAGUUCGUCCAUAUCUACCCCAUCGUUCAUUUACCGGAGUUCCAAAACACGUAUGUCGAAUUUGUGCACAACAGGAGCAUCAACAGGAAAAUGAAAGACAACCCGCACAAAUUCCACCGGCACCAUUUAACCUACAGGAUUCGGAACCUCAAGUUUUUGGGAUGGAACCCCAUCCUGCUGUACGAACACGAGUGGAAGAAGCUUAGGUAUCUUACAACAAACAUUAAAAAAAUUUACUGA